AUGACAGUGGUUAAUGACACAAGACUCAACUCAGCCGUGUUCCUUCUCACCGGGAUACCUGGGUUGGACGACGUCCAUCUCUGGAUUGCUGUCUUUUUCUGCUUAAUGUAUGUUGUUUCAAUAGUAGGCAAUUCAGUCAUUCUAUUCAUUAUAAAAACAGAUCUAAGCCUCCAUGAGCCCAUGUACAUUUUCCUCUCCAUGUUGGCACUCACAGACCUUGGCUUAUCGAUAGCCACCAUACCGACAAUCCUGAGCAUAUUCUUGUUUAAUUGGAGGGAGAUCAGCCUGGAUGCCUGUUUUGCCCAGAUGUUCUUCAUCCACUCGUUUUCAUACAUUGAGUCCUCCGUGCUCUUGUUGAUGGCCUUUGACCGCUUCGUCGCUAUUUGUAUCCCACUGAGGUACACGUCCAUCUUAACCCUGCCAACAAUAACCAAGAUGGGACUGGUGUUUGUGAUAAGGUCCGUGGCCCUAAUAUUCCCUCUCCCAUUUCUCUUGAAACGAUUCCAAUACUGUCGAACCAAUGUCCUCUCCCACUCCUACUGCCUGCACCAGGAGGUCAUGAAGAUGGCCUGUGCGGACAUCACCGUCAACAGCAUCUAUGGUUUUGCUAUCAAACUUUUUGCAGUGGGCUUAGAUUCUUUGUUCAUCUUUCUUUCCUACGUUAUGAUCCUCAAAACUGUGCUGAGUGUAGCAUCUUCCACGGAGUGCCUGAAGGCCCUGAAGACCUGCGUCUCCCACCUCUGCGCCGUGCUUCUCUUCUACAUACCAGAUAUUGGCUUGUCUGUCGUUCAUAGAUUCGGGAAUAGCUCUUCCCUCUUGCUUCAGAUUCUCCUGGGCUACAUCUCCCUGCUGGUCCCGCCCCUGAUGAACCCGAUCGUGUACAGCGUGAAAAGCAAACACCUGCGUGCGAGGAUCGUCAGGGUGUUAUUCAAGUGA